UGGGAGAACACCCGAGUGAACAAUAUACAAUCAUCCUGGUGGCUAGGACGACCAGAAGCAUUUCCGGUAGGUGCUUCAGCUUUUCUCUAUUCCUGCUCUAUUCCGUACAGGAACCAGCGACAGGAUAUACCCGGCAGAAAUUGCUUAACACUUUCAAUAUUGUCCAGGACCUGCACAACAAUAGUGGCUGGUGUGUUCAGUUGAGUUCCAUCGGAUGACCGCUUUGUUAGUGAGAUCGUAAUCGUGGAAAAGAUAAUAAACAGGAGGAAAAGGCUAGAGCCAAUGCUCACACAUUAGUGUAAGCUUUCGAACGUGACCUGGAAAAUGGUAAAUCAAAUAUGAACGGGAGGGGCAAGCAUUUGUAGUGACUAGAAAAAUACAAUAAAAAAGUACGAAAAAAGUGCACAUUGUUUUCAACGAAGUGAUCGGAUGUGAAUAAUUCAAUAAAAGAAACAUACAACCGUGCGUUUAAUCGUGUAAAUUGAGAUAAUUGGAAAGUGGACGAAAAAUAAGCACUGGAAGCGAAGUUAAACGAGUUAACAACGUUACGGAGGCAAAGGUGCAUUUCCGCCCGAUUAACGACGAUAAUGUGCAACCGGCCGUGGUAAUUCGCUUCAUGGCAACCGAUACGUGUCUGCAGCCGCUGUUGUAACGCUAACGAGACGGCAAACUUUCCCUCGAAGCCACAGAUACCGUCACCUGUGCGGUCCACGGCCGCCACCAUGAGCUUGCAGUACACGGUCCAGUAUUCGGACUAUUUCAACAAAUCCUGGCGGAACGAGUCGGGACCUUUUGCUGCUGCCAACGACAGCGCUCGGCCAUCACCCGGCCCCGGCUACUUGUUCAACGACACGUACGAAAUCUACGCACCCAACUAUCCGUACGUGUCAUCCACGGAGGAGCAGACCUACAUCGACCAGCUGACGGAGUGGAUGAAGAAUGGCUCCAAUCACACCUUCUACGGGGAAUGUUCCAAUACCGGCUAUUUGCCCAGUUUGUACUUCGAAAUCACCAGCUAUUUCCUGUACGUGUUGAUUUUCGUGACGGCCGUGAUCGGAAACUCGAUUGUGCUGUUUAUCGUGCAGUCCAACCCGCGGAUGCGAACGGUCACGAACUACUUCAUCACGAAUCUGGCCGUGGGGGACCUGAUGAUGACGCUGUUCUGCGUCCCGUUCACGUUCAUCUCGAUGUUCGUGCUGCAGUAUUGGCCGUUUGGGCUGGGGAUGUGUCGGCUGGUGAACUACACGCAGGCCGUUUCGGUGCUGGUUAGUGCGUACACGUUGGUCGCGAUCAGCGGCGAUCGGUACAUCGCCAUAAUGUGGCCCCUGAAGCCGAGAAUCACAAAGACAUGCUCCAAGGUGCUGAUAGCAGUAGUGUGGGUCAUAGCGUUGAUAACGGCAGCACCCAUUGCAAUCUUCUCAACGCUUGACAUGCCAUCGAAGUGGCAUGCGGUGUGUGAUCUCCCAAUCUGCAAGGAGAUCUGGCCCUCGAAGGAGCAGGAGAGCUACUACACGACGACACUGCUGAUGACGCAGUUCGUGAUACCGCUGCUGGUGCUGAUCUACACCUACACCCGCAUCGCCAUAGUGGUGUGGGGCAAGCGGCCGCCCGGCGAGGCGGAAAAUUCCCGAGACCAGCGGAUGGCCAAGUCGAAACGAAAGAUGAUCAAAAUGAUGGUAACAGUGGUGAUCGUUUUCACCAUCUGUUGGCUGCCAUUCAAUUUUCUUAUGGUAAGUCCACGAUCAACGACAUGCUAAAAUUAGUACGAAUUGUUCCACCAAAUCCUCCUUCAUCCAACAGAUCGUGAACGUGGACGACAGCUGGGACCUGCUGCCGUACGUGUGGUUCGCCUUCCACUGGCUGGCCAUGUCGCACAGCUGCUACAAUCCGAUCAUCUACUGCUACAUGAACGCCCGCUUCCGGUCCGGAUUCAUCCUGGUGCUGCACGGAGUGCCGGGGCUCCAGCAGCUGUGCUGCUGCAUCCGGCACAAACCGAGCCAACUGGCCCGCAACGUCGGUUCCAGCGUGGCCCUCGCCGGUGAGAUGAAUGGAAUUUACCGUGACAGUGCACUAACGAGAAAGGCUAGAGUGCGAGUUAGGUGCCACCCAGAUUAACACCCCAAACUACUUACAGCUGUUUCUGUUGAACUGUUUGACUUUGUUACGUGUUUGUCAAGUUGUUUUUCUAUGCUCUCUCUGUGAGUGUGCUUCGUUUAAAUUGCCAAUUACAGCAGUCACCUAUGGUGGAUAUCAGUUUGUUGUGCCUUGUUGCGUUUGUUUUAACAAAUCUCAUUAGCUGUAUUUUAGAAAUUGCUUUUAAGUAUUAUGUAAAUGAAAAACUAUGCUUAAUGUGAAAGAAAUUUAGAAAUGCGGUGAUGGAUGAUUUUUUUUUAUCGUAAUUGAUUAAAAUGUAAUUCCUUUCAGUACACAAUUAUUUGGUCUCACUACAUAAUUAUUUUAUAUGAAACUAAUCCACGAUAUAAGUUUCAGACAGCUCAGAUUUAAGACUAGGAUGUGAUCCGUUGACAUUCGAUGACGGUGACUUUGACGCUUCCUCUCUCGUCGCAUACCUUCCCCGGCAAAAAACUUAAAAUUUCCACCUCAGCAUCUCUCAAAGCAUCCAACGUCCCUUCCAACCACUCACAGUCCCAUUUGUUCUGAUACAAAUCCACCCGUUGUAGCUGCUUAUAUCUCUCUGGAAAUCCAUCGAUUCUAACCAAAUGAUUUUGUGAUAAAUACAAUCGCUUCAAACGAUCUGCUUUCAGAUCAGUUAGAUCCAGCGCUUCCAUCUGGUUAUCGUGAAGAAACAACUCUUCCAGAUUGGGGAGAUUCACUUUACCCGUGGUGGUAACCGAG